AUGCGUGUGGGUGUCGUUGGCGCGGGACCUGCCGGCUUCUAUACUGUCCAGUCUCUGUUGCGACACGCGGAACUUCAGCAUAGGUUGCGACGUAUAGACGUGUUUGAAUCACUACCGGUACCGUUUGGACUCGUGCGGUACGGGGUUGCACCUGAUCACCCCGAGGUUAAGCGUGUCACCAACUCUUGGACCCAGCUCAUGGAUCGCUACCGAGCGAUCGUCCGCUUUUACGGAAACGUUCACGUCAAUGGAAGGCUCUCACUCGACCUUCUAAAGAAGCGAUACGCCGACGGGGUCCAAGGCGCUGGCUUAUUUCUCUGCAUGGGUGCUCAGGGUGGCGAUCGGAAACUCGGUAUUCCUGGCGAGACACCAUGUAUAGAGAGUGCACGGGCAUUUGUCGCUUGGUAUAAUGGUCACCCGGACUAUGCUGACCGGGUAUUUCUGUCCCAACGCGACGGUUGUGUUGCUGGCGGUGGCGAGGCAGUCAUCAUUGGGAACGGGAACGUUGCCCUGGAUGUUGCGCGAAUGCUGCUGCAAGCACCUGCGCGGCUGCACGUGACGGACUGCAAUCCAGUCGCUGUUGACGCACUGGCUGCCUUUGGCGCGCAAACGCUUCACAUUAUCGGACGCCGCGAUGCAUCCAAUGCCAGCUGGACAGCGAGGGAGCUUCGCGAGUUGAUGACACUCGCGCCUGAUCUCAAGUUCAUCGUCCACGAGGCGAUGCGUUGGGCACCGACGCCACCGGGCCUGCAGCCUGCGCAACCUUCGCGCACACAACGGCGCGCGCUGGAAGUCCUGCGGCGGUAUGCCGGCUCGGCUGUGAUCGACGAGGUUGGAACGCGUGCGCAGGUGACCCCAAGAACGAUCCAUUUUUGGUUCGGAUUGAGUCCGGUUCGGGCUUUGCUGGGCGACGACCAGAGGGUGCAUCUCAUUUGCGCCCCGAAUGAGCUUUUCUACGACUCGCUUGGCCAAGUUCAGUGCCGCACGAUACAGGAUGCAGAGCCGGUGCGGAUUACAGCGUCUGCUGGGGCAGUCUUUCGCAGUAUUGGGUACGUUGUGAGUGCGCCUUGGGGCUUGCCUCUGGAUUCGAAUCAGAACUGUAUCCGGAAUAAUGCUGGGCGAGUUGUUGGCCUCGAGGAUGCAGUUUACGUUGCGGGCUGGCUGAAGCACGGUCCACGCGGAGUCAUUGCGAACACGCUGGUCGAUGCGCAAGAGACUGUCGCGCAGUUCGUCUCUGAUCUACGUCAAGCUGAGCGAGCCACGCAAGCGAGAGCGGAUGGCUCACGCACCCAUGAGCCUGAGGUCGAGGAUCUUUUGAAGCAGGCCGGUCACUCGUUCGUCGACUGGGACGGUUGGUUACGCAUUGACGCCGAGGAGCAACAUCGCGGUCGCCUCUGCGGUGCUGAUCGCCGAAAAAUUCUAACGCGCUCCGAUAUGCUGCGUCUGGCUGGCGGGGCCAGCGUCGCGGAUUACCAGCAAAACUCCGGGGAAGGGUUAGGGAACCGUUCUCAUCGCACUCCGGCUGAUGUUGCAUUCUAG